GCAGAGCAGAGCAGAAGAAAUGAAUUCCAUAUCUAUCACUGAAUUGCUUUGCUGGUUUCUUCUAUGAUGGAGGGCAAAGUUAAGUAGUGUGAUUUACAUUACAGCUUGCGCAAUCUACAUUAGACCUAAAUGCAGAAAGGCAUUCACACCUCAAAUCCAUGGCAAAAUGGCAAUGGCGGUCGAUCCAGAACAACAUGAGGUCCAUUUCAUUUCAUUCUUCCUCGUUAAAUACUGCUACUACUACUACUAAAAUAUAUAUGGGAAUGAAAUGGAAAAGCUUGCUACCAGUUCUCGGUGGGCGUGGGCGUUCAUUCGGACACCUCACUCACUCACUCUCUCUCAUGUUUGAUUCUCUUCCCCCAACUCUACCAAAUGCGUAACUGCUCCACUGCUACUCAUCAAUUAAUUAUUUAAUCAAUUGACAUUUUUUUUUUUGCAUCAACCGCCCCUACCGUGGUAGCCUGUCUAGUCGGUACUCGCUGUCUGUCUGCAACUCGCUCACUCAAACGGAGAAGAAGAGAAGACAAGAGAAGAGAGAUGGAGAAGCAGAGAAGCUUUUCAGCCAAGCCGCCGCCUAUCGUCAGAUUUGUCGUGUUUUCAUUCACUAUCUUCUUCUCUUUGCUCUUUCUGAUUUUCUUCUCCACUUCGAUUAUCCCUGCUGCACCACCACCUCUGGAUUUGGAUUUGGAUUCGGAUUUAGGCUUCAACACCACUGCCACUACUACUGAUGUUACUGCGCCGAGUUUGAACAGAGAAGACUCCACUCCUUCACAAUAUCUGCUCAACAAUUCAAACUUGUUCGGAUCCAGUUCUCAAAGAGAUGUCAUUUCAUCCCGGAUUCCUGCAAAUUCGGGCCUUCCACAAAGAGAAAGAGAAAGGGAAAGGGAGAUUACAAUUACAAUGCCGACUGUCGAAGGAAGUACUAUGCUGACGGGUAAUCCUAACUUGACCUCUUUUGGUAAGAAUCUUUCUAUCUUCAAACUCAGUAGUUCCCAACUGGAUGUGGAUGAUACCAACUCUACUCAUAAUGGAUUCCAAGAAAAUAGUAGUAAUAAAUACGUCACUAACAACAGUAAAGCCGUGCUCGACGACGGAAUUUCAUUUGAGAAACCUCGUCAUGUUACUUCAAUCCAGAAAAAGGUCGAAUCAAAGCAUGGCCCUGGUUGUGACAUCACGAGAGGGAGGUGGGUUAGGGAUGAAAGCAACCCAUUUUAUACGAAUGCUCAGUGCCCAUUCAUAGACGAAGGGUUCAAUUGUGAGGCUAAUGGCAGGAGGGACAAACAAUACAUGAAAUGGAGGUGGCAGCCUCAAGAUUGUGAAAUUCCUAGGUUCAAUGCAACAAAAAUGCUGGAACACCUCCGAGGGAAGAGGCUAGUGUUUGUUGGCGAUUCCAUUAACCGAAACCAAUGGGAAUCCAUGCUUUGUUUGCUGAUGGGAGGGAUCGAAGAUCCGAAGAAGGUCUAUGAGAUCCAUGGGAGGAGAAUAACUAAAGGGAGGGGCAACUAUUGUUUCAAGUUUGAGGAAUACAAAUGCAAGGUCGAGUACUACGUCUCCCAUUUCUUGGUACACGAGAGUAAGGCACAUGUAGGCAGCAAACGAGUGCAGACUUUGCGCAUCGACACUAUAGACAAAGGGUCUUCGAGAUGGCGAGGGGCCGACAUUUUGGUGUUCAACACUGCACAUUGGUGGAGCCAUCACAAAACUAAAGCCGGGGUUAAUUACUACCAGGAGGGCGACAAAGUCCAUCCCCAACUUGAUGUAACAGAGGCCUUCAGGCGAUCUUUAUUGACGUGGGCAUCAUGGGUGGAUAAGCACAUUAAUCCUCGCAAAACUCAGAUAUUCUUCAGAAGUUCUGCGCCGUCUCAUUUCAGCGGAGGUCUAUGGAACACGGGUGGCCAUUGUAAGGAAGCAUUUUGGCCUGUUAACGAGACUUUUGGCCCAACUUACCCCUUGACAAAGAAUUUGAUGGUGGAGGAAGUAAUAAGGCAGAUGAAGACCCCUGUUACUUUUCUAGACAUAACACAGUUGUCGAAUUACAGACCAGACGCUCACCCUUCCAUCUAUGGAAGAAGAUCUGUUAAUCCCGGCGUUCAAGAUUGCAGCCACUGGUGCCUUCCAGGUGUUCCGGAUACCUGGAAUGAGUUGUUGUACCAUAACUUGCUAUUCAGAACUGGGAACACAUAGAAACAAGAUGGAUGCACUUCUGUAAAGCUGCCGAAAUUCAGUGCAGUGCGGUGCAGAGUGUGUCCUCAGCCAGACUGGUGCUUCUUUGCUCGGCCGUGGGGCACUGGUGAAUCGUCUCUCCUUGAAGUCUCAGGCCUCCGAGCCCACGCAGGUGCUAGAUCUGGGCCGUAGCGAUAAUCAUAGAAGAGUUCUUCACCUGCUUCUAUUUGCUCAUUUGCAUAGAUGCCAACACGAUGAU